AGCAUAUAUGAUGCUCUCAAAGGAUUAUCGUAUGGAUCUGGUUCAGGCUCUUUCUAAUCUAGAAGUGUACGAGACCGAGGCGGUAGCCAUUAAGGUGGACCCAUUAAUCCUGAGUGGAUGUAUGACGAUAACUUUCUCAGAGGAUGAUCUUCAACUGGGAGAAAAAUUUCACAAUCGCCCUCUCUUCAUCACUGGUGUGCUACAUACAUGCCCCAUCAGCCAAAUUAUGCUGGAUGGAGGGUCGGCAGUCAACCUUAUCCUAAGGAGAAUUCUCACUCAUUUGGGAUUGGGGUCUGAAGAUCUUACUCCAACUCAUAUCACAGUCCAGGGGUUCAACCAGUCAGGAGAGAAGCCGGCUGGCACGAUUCGCCUUUGUCUCAAGAUCGGUGAAUUAAACGAUUACGCCCAAUUUCAUGUAAUCGACAUCGACACCUCCUACAAUGUCCUUCUUGGUUUCCCUUGGCUCUAUGACCAGGGAGUGGUUCCGUUCACAUUGCAUCAAUGCUUCAAGUAUAGUCAAGAUGGGAGACAGUAUACAGUCUGUGCCGAUAAAAGACCAUUUCUUGUAGCUGAAACUCACUAUGAUGUUGCCAAGUAUUGCUUCACAGAUUUGGUGUUACCCCAAAAGCCAAAUGAUGGUGAUCGGAAGUCAGUGAGGAAGACAGAACCCUCGCCUCAUGAAGAAGUUGAGGACAUUGGGCGAACACUCGUGAACAUGUUUAAAGAGGAGGAAAGACAAGGAAAAAUCAGCCCUCUGACUCCCAUUCAUCCCAGUAUGCCAUCCACUAUCUCUGAGGAAACUCCUUCUUUGCCUAAAGAUGAGGCUUCCUCUUCAACUGCCAUUCCUGAGUCACCUUUACACGAAAAUGAACAUGAAGUCACUCUUCAAACUAAGGAAGUCAUGGGGAUAGAUCUCCCAACCCCAAAAGUCACCUACACGCCAGACCAUCAAAAGGUCCUGCAUGUCCCCAUUGCCCUCUUGGAGGCAGAACUGGCACAUCAGCCACCGCGGAAGGUCUUGCGCUUCUCUUAUUCUACGGGAAGAGAGUAGUUAGAAAAAGGACAACCCUCUCGCCCUCGAGAGCAGGAUCCCCUGGCAGAGUUAAGAAGCAAGGUUCGCAAUCUCCAGAACCUACUGGAGGUUAUGCGUAUCACCUGAAAACAUCUAAAGGAGUUUGUGCCUGAGAUUAAGAGGUAUGACGAGCUUGAAGUGAAUGUGCCUCAAAUAGAAGCCAAUGCCCCUCUUGAUUGGAUUAUUUAUAGUGACAAGGUUCAUCAAAUGAUGAGAAAAAUGAAUUAUGAGCCCCUGUCCAACCAAACAUUAAGAGGGGAGGUGGCAACCGCUCUCCCAUUCGAGGCCAUUGAAACCACAACAGAUGGCAACAACACAAAGCAAUGCAUAGGGGUCUCCUUUACAAAAGGGAAGAAAUAGUAAUGCCCUGAAACACAGCCUACACAAGCGCAAGAGAUGAAAUGCAAAAAAGUAGAAAGAAAGAAUAAAGUCAUACAUCAGAAUGAGGCAGAGGAAAAAAAGAAGUAUCUCAUUCAUUCAAAAAUCGUUACAAGUGUCAUUAUACAAAGAAAAAAAAAGGAGAAAAAGACAAAAUGACACUUUAAAAGGCAAUCAAUGGUCUCAUUGAUCUUCUCUCCGGAAGCUGCAGAAGAUGCCUUGACACGUUGGAUGCGCCUCAUCAAGUCAAUUACCAAUUGAGCCUCGUGCUCCAAGAAGGCAGUUUCCUCCUCCAAGGCGUAGUCAAGGGCUGAAAUUUCCUUGGUUAGGACCUCAUCUUCAACUUCUCAGGAUUUCGCCUCCUUCUCGAGCCCAUCAAACUCCUCCCUCAGCCUUUGUAUCUCUGCCUUCAAGGUCGUCAUUCUGUUAAAACGAGCGACCGCCCCUUCAUUAAGAUCAUAUCUCCGAGAAGCCACAACAUCCCUCUUCUGUGUAUUGGCUUAUACUGAUUCCCGACAAUGCAAUAGAGAGGCUUCCAGGGAGGCCAAUAUAGAAUCCUCUAAUUGUUGUGCAGUUGUUUCCUAUUGAAGUGCCCUUUUUCGCCAUCCCUCUAGCUCAUUCAUGGUGCGAUCAAAAUAUGGGAGGACCUCUUGUGUGUCCCCUAGGAGGGAAAGUUUCCUUAGCUUCUGAAUUGCAUCGCCGAGAUCGGCGAAGGGAAAUUCCUUUAACUUUCAAACGCGCACAUGAAGCAUAUACAUAAUCAUGCCAGAUACCCUGCUGAAACUAGGCCUGGAUAGUGCUGUUGGGGCCGCCACUACGGUGGGAGCAUCGAUUCAACGGCGGGGCUCAAAGGGAUGAUAGCUCACUGGCUCUUCUAGAGCAAUGGCGAAGCCCAAAGCCUCGACCCAGUCUCAGGCUGCUCAGUCUCCUCAGCAUUAGCGUUCUCUCCUGAGCCCUCAAUCAUAGUCUUACAGGACCAAUUUCUCCUUGGCUCUCAACCUUUGAAGCCACCACAUCAAUCUCAGUAGGCUCAGCCCCUUCAGGGUCAACGUCUUCUCUUUGCCCCUCACUUUCUGGAGCAGUCUCAGUAAGGUCAGCAACAAUCUCCUCACCUUGACCUUUGCCUGCUGAGGCUACCACUUCAGUCUUAGCAUGCUCCAAAAAGACCUCUCCUCCUUGUCUCUCACCCUCUGGCAUGACCUCGAUGAGUUCUAGACUAGUUUAUUCUCCUUGCCCUUCAUCUUCAUAAACUGCCAUCUCAGCCUCGACAAGUUCAGGGCCCACCUCCUCUCUUUGACUUUCAUCCCCUGGAGCUACCACUCCAGUCCCAGCUGCGGUCUCUCCUACCUGACCCGCAACUCCCACAACUAGAACUUCUACUGCUUCCUCUUCAGGAUUUCCACUCUCUGGGGCUAUUGCCUCUGAACCCCCAAGAUCUUCCCCCCAAGAAUGGCCUGGGUGUGUAUCACCCAUAACUUCAUCACCUGUGGCAGCAGCCUUCUGAUGCUCAGGUGCCUCGUCAACUGUAGGUUCCUCCUCCUGAGGGAUGUUGGGGCCUGCACUACUCAUGACUGCGACCCCUGUCUCAGUCGGGGUAACAACCUCCUCAGGUUCAGAGGCCCUGACAACUUCAACAACAACUGUAGGACUUUCAUCUCCAGCCCCAUUAAUCUCCACUGGGACUAGAUCUGACUCAGGGGCCACUCUUCGAACCUAGGGUACCACCUCAAGCUCAGGUGUCCCCUCUCUAUCAAAAGCAAUGACGAUGGGCUCAGAAGGGCCGGAGUCGUCUACCUCAAUCUCUGAAGAGGUAGAAAACAACUCAGGAGUGGUACAAGAUGAAAAAGACAAGAUAGAUGAUGACUCAGAAGGAGUAGUGAGCGAACUUGAGGAGACAGAAGAUGAAGAGCCAUCUGCCGGUUCUAAAAUGACCGAAAGAUUCACUCUUUUGUGCUAUGGAAGGGGCCUGACAGCACAAGACAAUGCACGACUACCAGUGGGGCAACGCAUUUCCUUUUCUUUCCUUCUGCUUGGGAAGGCCCAGUCAUCUUAGAACUCCCCCAUGAGAGGAACUUCCAGCAAGAGCGCUGUGCGGGCCUCUCCCAAUCAACGCAUUCAAACCUUGAGUUGGGUGCCCUUCAUGAUUAGGGACCUUUCGACCCUCCUUCCACUGAAAGAUAGAGGUGAGAUUGUCGAAAAGGCUCCUUGUCUUCUUUUCCAUAGCAAGAAGCUGCGGUGAGGAGUUGUCCGCUGCUAUCUCUAGGGGUAUCCCAAGAUCCUGCCAGUUUCAGGGGUAACCCAAGGUAAAGACCUCGCCAAGAGGGGGAGUCUUAAUAAUCUUCCUUUGCCUAGUAUCUUGGCGCCAGUUGCAGUUAUCCCCUUUCUAGGGGUGAUCAGCUUCUCAAUAACUUUAGCUGGUGAUUCUCAACCAGCGUCCAUAACCUUCGGUGGCUCGGACCCUUCUGCCAAAGUGUGGUAUCACAUAUUUGCUGACCUCUGUCAUCUCUAAACAUGUGGACCAUGUAGUGCGAAUGUGCCUUGGCAAUUCUUGAAGAGUCCUUAGCUCUUCUUUCCUUCCUGUGUUCACUCUGCCAUGACGCUUCUCAAAGAAUAUAGAGAAGGGGCAGCCUUGAUUCAGCCCAUGUUGACGAGCAAAAUGAUGGGGGAAGUACCCUUCAAGCCUGGCACUAUUGGAGGUUCGGUAGGGCAAAAAUCCCCCUCUAAUACUCAAGAUGAACAUGAGCUCCUCAAUGGUAGUAGGAGCACCAUCCAGCUCUUUCCCCAUCUCAUCAAUAAAAGCCCGAUCAGUAUGGCCCCCGACCGGAAAGGGGACACAACGCAUGUUGGAAGUUUCAUUCUCAAACAAAUUACGAGCAUUCUCUGAGGUGUGAAAGAUAGCCUUCUUCCUAGCAAUCCUCAAUAGGAAGGGGCACAUCUUCUCCCCCACGCCUAGAUUUCUAAAAUAAGUGGCAAGGAAAUAGGCUCCUAGCCACCCGUACACAUAAUGAAUGGGGAAUGGUGUCUUGAAGUCCCCAUGGAAAGCUUCACCUCUAACAAGGCCAUGGCCCCCCUCCUUGCCGUUAUAGGCCUUCCCUCUCGAGAUAGCUCCCAGUCCAUGGUAGAUGUUGCACAUGACUAGUUGUAUAAGGGCAUAGUGGCGCCCCCUCGCCAUGUCGCAAGCCACAUAGAACGUGCAUGGACGGAUUGUAUCGGCUCCCCCAGGGAGAACAAACUUGCACAGGAACAAUAUUAGGUAUGCGGCCAAGAAGACACAGUCAUCACUGGUCUCGGGUUGGUAAAUUGGAGGCGUCCCCUUCAUAGUUGCCUUCCCCUUUCCCCCUGAAAUACCUGGACCCACCUCAGGGUAAUCUCUGCAAAAGAAUUUCAGCCACUCGGCAAAGAUCACUCGACCAUUGGUGGCCUUGAAUUAAAGUAACAGGUAAAUCUCGAAGAUCUCUUGAAGACUAGCAAGCGAUUCUUCUUCACUAAGGCGUGCACCACCAAAAAUCACCGAGUUCUGAGGCACAAACUCAUCAUUCAUCGCGCCUAUGAGUGGGAGCCUGCCAAUGAAAUCAAGAUCUAGAUAGGAGAUCCCUACUUCACCAUGACCGAGGAGCCAUGUAUUACUUACAUGACUCCAUGUCUCCAAUAAUACCUUGACGGUAUUUGAGCAUCGGUCGUAGUAGCUGCCUGAACAUUGUACAAUAGCUAAUAAAGAGGCACACUCGAGAACACUGCUGUACAACCCUAGCACUUUAAUGCUCCAUGAGGAGUACCCCUUCAAAUACUGAUGCUCCCUUUGCACUCGGAGACCAAUAGAAGACCAUCUCAGCCCCUUCGUCUUCUCCAUUCUCUUCCCCAAAGUUGGCAACUUCUCGCCAGAGGCCACGUUCCUAUGCAUGCAAUGAAGGAUGACUACCCCUUCUUCAAUACUCACAUUUCCAUUGUUGUCUUCUCGGACCUCAAAAUGAACCAGGUCAGUAAUAAAAGUGACACUAAGGGGCCACUCCGGUUUGCAUAUUGGUUCUGCCAACCAAAUAGAUUCACCCCUUACUAGACUCUCAUCAGUAAAUUCAUUGGUGCCAAGCUCUCCUCUCCUUGGAAGGUUUUUCAUGUCAGGGAUUCUGUAUGGAGACCUGGCCAUCAGACUAAACUUAAGGGCUCGCUGUCGUCUGUGAAUCGUUAAGGCACAAGGCUAUCACCGAACGUGAAAGGCGCAAGGCUAUCACUGUGCGUGAAAGGCACUGACUAGCACCGCUUGAGUUCGUCAAAACCCAAUGCUAGAUGUGCCUUUCAAAGCCCAGAGCCAGCUGUGUUUCUCAAGGGCUAACGCUGGCUGUAUUUCAAAGGCUAACGCCGGUUGUGUUCUCAAGGGCUAACUCCAACUGUGUUUGACAAAGGUCCAGCGCUGGCUGUGUUUCUCAAGGGGUAACACCGGCUGUGACUAUUGCCAGUUGUGAUCUUUGAGCAGUGCCGUUUGUGUUGAAAUCUCUCAUACAUGCCACGGAUUGCGUAUGUGUCACCUCGAACCCCGGGUGUGCCACUUGACAACUGCCAACCGCGACGUGGUCUGACACACGCCUCGCAUGCGUUGAUGGCGAGCAUCAUUGCCCAGUGACCAUUCGCUGCCUACGACUGUUCACUACCCUCCGACCACUCGGUUUCUCGUUGAGAAACUUCUCCACGCAUCGGAAACCCAUUGAUGGACUUUUCUUCUUCCUCCACACCGCCGAAAAACCACCAAAAUCCUAUCGGUAGGACCCUGCUAAGCUCUCAGCCCCUUUCCCUCACUUUUCUGGUACCCCAAGACCACUGUCGGAAUCCCAACAGACCCCGGCAAUCCCCCUAUCUUCUUCACCUUGGCAAUGGUGAAACUCACCUAGUCAGUGCAACCCCUUUGCGACUGCUCUGUUGGAGUUUCUCACCGCUCCCAUGACUUCCAGCAACUGCCUAUGAGCCCUGCGUUUUCGCCGAAGUUCUCACCAAGAAGUCUCUCUCUCUCACUGUACAAACUCUCUAAACGUUUUACCUCAGGUAAAACAGUGAAAUGGGGUUUUACCCCUUAUAUAGCUGCUGCUUCCCCGAAGUACCUCUCACAAGGCAUAAAUGAUAGAGAAGUCCUCGAAGGCCAAACAACAGUAGGUCGGACCGGGUCGGGCUCACGCCUGAAGCCCGAAUUGAAGUUUACUGCCGCCCAUGUAAUGCCGACCAACAAGUGCCGGAUUGUGACGUCUUAGAACUUCCGGUGUGCUGUUGUGCAUGAGAAAAGGAGGCGCACGGCAGGAUAAGGCGAAGUGCGUGGCAAGGCGAAGUGCGCGGCAAGGCGAAAUGAAUGUGUCGCCGCGAGUGUUAGUGAUGCAAUGGAUUUAGACUGCAGGGACUGGUUGUUUAAGAUGGUCCUUGAGGGACUACCCCCUUUUUCCCCUUUUUCUUCCAUUUUUCUUUUCCCUCUUCUUUUUCUCUUCCUCCUUGUGCCACUUUUUCCUUCCUUGUGCCACUUGCUGCUCUCCUUAUGUCACUUGGAGGUGGCUUGCUGUCACCUCACCUCCCCCUUUUCCUUAUUUCUUUUAAACCCACCCAGCUCUCUCUCCCUCUCUAUCUCUCCCACCCUCACGCCAUCCAAUCCUUAUUAUCCCUCUCUCACUCUUUAAGAGAAAUUUGGGGAAGCUUGGAAGAAGCUCCCUCUACCUCAUUGUUGGAGCACUUGUGGAGGAGCUUGAAGUGGCUGUGGAAGGAAGGAUUGGAAGGCGUUUUUGUUGUUAAAGUAAGUAGAUCAUUACCUUGCCAUUUCAUAGUAUGAAUUGAACAUGAAUCAAGCAUGAUUUUGAUCCUAGAAUAAGCAUGAAUAAUGCAUGUGGUGAGCAUGAAAAGGGUGUGAACAUUGAUACUAUAUGCACACUGUUCUGUUAUGAUUUUUCAGCAACAAUGGCUUGCCUUUACAUGAUGAAUGAGUGAUGAAACUCCUCAAAUUAUUGGGGUAACUUGUGAAUUAAGGGGGAAUAUGUAUCUAUUAUGUGUUAAAAAGGAUUGCAUGCUGAUUUCUAAUGAAAGUUGGAAGCUAUGAACAAAUCUUUAGAGCAUGCUAUGACUGUGACAUGAAAAUCCAGGGACUGUGCAUGGUUUUAUAAGACGUGAUUGGCCUACCAAAUGGUGUCUGAACUGCCUCAAAUUGCCACCAUUAGAAAGAGUGGGAUCUAAUAUUCGACUGUGGACAACUGGACGGUGGUGGCAGGCAUUUUGAUGCUUAAAGUUGCAGUUGGUGACUCUUUUGACGAAAUUUUGGGAAGCUUGGAAGAAGCUCCCUUUACCUCAUUGUUGGAGCCCUUGUGGAGGAGCUUGAAGUGGCUGUGGAAGGAAGGAUUGGAGGGCACUUUUGUUGUUAAAAGUGAGAUCUGAUACCCGAGUGUGGACAGCUGGACAGUGGUUGCAGGCAAUUUGAAGCUUAAACUUUCAGUUGGUGACCCUUUUGACGGUAGGUGCCUAGUGGAUAUGUGAAAAUGUAUUUUGAAGAAUUCUGGAAAUUUUGUGAUCAGGCCUAUUUUGCCUUGAACUCGUCAUAACAUAAAUUUUUGGAGUCUGAAUAUGUAUAUAAAUGGAUUUAUUUUACUUA